AUGUAAUAUAUCUAAACACCUAUUGCCCUAAAGUAAGACUCAUAUUAAAUAAACGAGAUUUUUCUCCAAUUAUUAGAUUCAGUCUUAACCCCAAACCCAGAAAAUACUCAAAACAGUACUUCUCAAAACGAAUCUUCAUAACCUCGCCUAAAAAGAUGGUGGAAACCUGAAGAAGACGAGCUUUUAAAGGAUUUAGUAAAAAAGCAUGGGCCAAAAAACUGGAAAAAAAUAGCCUCAUAUUUUGAAAAUCGUACAGAUGUUUAAUGCUUACAUAGAUGGCAGAAAGUUCUUAAUCCAAAUCUUGUAAAAGGUCCUUGGACAAAAGAAGAAGAUGAAAUUGUUACUUAAUUAGUAAUCAAAUAAGGGCCUAGAAAAUGGAGUUAAAUAGCAAAGCAUUUACCUGGAAGAAUAGGUAAAUAAUGUCGUGAAAGAUGGCAUAAUCAUCUAAAUCCUGAUAUUAAAAAAGAUAAAUGGACUGAAGAAGAAGAUAGAAAAAUAAUAGAAACUCAUAAAUUAUAUGGAAACAAAUGGGCUUAUAUUACUAAGUUUUUACCAGGAAGAACUGACAAUGCUAUAAAAAAUCAUUGGAAUUCUACAAUAAAAAGAAGAAUAAAUUAAUAAAGUCAAUACUUAUAAGACAUUAAAUCUCCUUGUUUUGUUAAGAUUCUAAAGAAAAACUUAUAAUAAAACGAUGAAUAAUAGGUUUCAAAAAGUCCAAAUUUAAAAUAAUAAGAUAUUGUUUCUACUUAAUAUCCAAGUGCUUCUAAUUUAUCUUUAUAGAAAAACAAAGGAUUUUAAACUUAUAAAACUGUAAAUGAAUUUUCAACUCCUGUAGAAACAAAUGCAUAAGCUAUUUAAAAAAAUCCAGGAAAUUACUUAGCAAAUCUAGAAUUUAUAAAGAAUUUCGAUAAUUCUAUACCAGAUAAUUAUGACACAUUAGAUGAACCUAUUUCAAGAUCUAUAAUACGAGAUCUAAAAAUGAUAGCAAUAAAACUUAGAUACGUAUUAAUUCCUUAUUUUCGAGAAAACGAUAAAAAAGCAUUAUAAGAAUGGGAUCUAUGGGGGCCUAUGAUUUUUUGUUUAAUUUUAGCUUUUAUUUUAAGCUUAAAUACAAAUGACAAUAAUAACAUAUACGGAUAAAUAAGUAUAUUAGUAUUUGGAGGAUCAUUAGUAAUAACAGUAAAUAUAAAUUUAUUAGGAGGAAAUGCACAUUUUCUUUAAAGUGUAUGUAUAUUAGGUUAUUGUAUAUUUCCAGUUGUAGCAGCAUCUAUUAUAAUAACUUUUGUAAAUAUAAUAUUUAACCAUUUUCUUUAUAAAUUAGGAGUAGUUGGAAUUGCUUACAUAUGGUCAUGUUGCUCUUCAAUUGCAUUUAUGUCUAGUAUAGUACCUUAAGAUAAAAAAUUAUUAUCUUUAUACCCUAUAUUUUUAUUUUUUUUAUUUGUUAGUUGGUUUUGUUUAUUUAUUUGA